UGGCGAGGGCGGCGUGGAGACGGCGCCAAAACGUCUUCCCGGAACACUCCGGGGACCACACGUUCCCCGGACCUGACGUCGUUUGCCUGAUGCUGCUGCAUUCUGUGAUGAUGGCCAGUCGACACCGACACGUCGUACCGAGUGUUUAGUGAGCGCCUUUGUGGGGCAUGCCCGAUUUUGGAGCUUUCGGCAGACUCGGCGGCGGCAAGAGCGACGACAUGGGGGGCGGGUGGAAUGUCCAACAUCAACAAUUCGGGACCCCCAUCAAGAAAGGGAGUGAGGGGGCAGAGGCCGUCAGCUCGCCGGAAAGCAUGCCGGACUACGAUCCACCUCCUUUGAGACCCAUAGACCACUAUCUCCGCCCGGAGUGUCCCUGCUUGUCCAAGAGGGCGACGGUGGCCUUGUUUAGUUGCUUAGGUUUUAUCAUUAUGUUCGGGAUGAGGACCAGUAUGGGGGUUGUGAAGCUACAGUUCGAGAACCAGACGAACGAGACCAGCGCCGCCGUCGACUCGGCCAUCUUCUGGGGCUACUUUAUAACCCAAAUUCCUGGAGGUCUCAUCGCUGCUGCCUACCCAGCGAACAAGCUCUUCGGUCUGGCCAUUGGCACGUCGUCGUUCCUCAACCUCUUCGUGGCCCCCUUUUACAAGGACCGUCAGAUUCUCAUCAUCAUCAAAGUGAUGCAGGGUCUGGUGGAGGGGGUUACCUAUCCGGCUUGUCAUGGUAUCAUGCGCUACUGGGCGCCCCCUCUGGAACGUUCCAAACUGGCCACGCUGGCCUUCAGCGGCUGCUACGCCGGAGUCAUGUUUUCCAUGCCCAUCUCCAGCGAGCUGGUGAAGAGGUUAGGCCCCAUGUCUCCCUUCUACUUCUACGGGGUCGUGGGCUUGAUGUGGUACUUGGCUUGGUUGUGGCUGGUGUUCGAGAAGCCGGCGUACCACCCGGUCAUCGACCGCUCCGAGCUCUACUACAUAGAGAACUCCCUAGGGCAUGCCACCGAGAAUUACGUGUCCCCCAACCUCGCGAACACGCCCUGGAAGACCUUCUUCACUUCCAUGCCUUGUUACGCGAUUUUCGUGGCGAACUUCUGCAGGUCCUGGAAUUUUUACCUCCUGGUGCUGUUUCAAGCGACGUACUUCAAGAACGCCUACCACGUGGACAUCGAAGAGAAUGGCUUCCUGGGUGCGCUGCCCCACUUCCUGAUGACCAUCAUCGUCCCCAGCGGCGGCAUCCUCGCCGACCGUCUCCGUAAGAAGGGACUUCUUAACACCACCCAGGUCCGCAAGCUCUUCAACUGCGGCGGCUUCGGAAUGGAGGCUACGUUCUUCCUGAUCAUGGCCUUCUCCGAUACCUACGUAGAGGGCAUGGCGGCGCUCACCAUCGGGGUGGCUUUCAGCGGCUUCGCGAUCUCGGGCUUCAACGUCAACCAUCUGGACAUCGCGCCGCGCUACGCCAGCAUCCUCAUGGGCGUGUCCAACGGGAUCGGGACCAUCGCUGGGUGCAUCUGUCCCUACGUGGUCCACCUAAUCACGAAUGAAGACGAGAGCCGCAAGCAGUGGCGCUACGUCUUCAUCCUCUCCGCCUUGAUCCACUACGCCGGCAUCAUCUUCUACGGCUUUUUCGCCUCCGGCGAGCUCCAGGACUGGGCCGACCCGCGCGCCGCCGAGGACAAGCAGUGGAACCAGCUGAACGAGGCAAUGCCCGUCAAGGCACCGAACCAGAACAACGGCCUGCUGGAGCGCCAGCUCAGCGGCAAGCUCAACUACGGCUCGGUGGACACACCGGCGCCGCCGCCCAAGCCCCAACUACCGGCCGCCCCCGGCAGGGUGCCGCCGGAAGCGCCGCCCCCGGCGCAGCCCCCGUCGGUCCCGUUCGUGCCCAGCGGCAACCCCUUCCUGUCCGGGAACAACCCGUUCCGGCAGGAGCAGGUGCAGCCGCAAGCCCAGGACACGUACAUGCACGGUACUGUCUACGACCGCACGUACUAAGGGUACAUGUAUACUUGGUUUCAUUUGCGGGAAGAUUGGUUUAUUUUAGUGAUAAAUAGAUUUUUUGGUUCGACAAGUGGAACCAAGUAUUGAUAAGGAAAGUGCGAUAACUAGGGUCUAAUUUGCAUUUGUCGUCACAAGGGCCUGAACUAUAGUUAAAAAAAUGUUGAAACGGACAAAUUCGUCAAAUGAUUUUGUUUGUUUCAAGGUUUCUUCUAUAAUCAUUUUUUUGAGUUCCAGUUACUAGAAGUAGUUAAACGUGGCCCUAGUUUGGGAUAGGUGAAUUUUAAGUGCAUUUUGCAAUGUAUAAAUAAAAUUUAGAACAUUUAGUGGUCCCAGAAAAUUAAGAAAAAUAGUGUGCAAAAGUCGUCUUUUACAUUUUUUUGAGCAGAUUUUUCUUAAAUUGUGUUACUAAAACUGUGAAAAUUUUGAGAAUUUUCAGAAGCUUUAGAAUUUCUGAAAGCGCAAAGGUCUGCUGAAAUCGUUGACGUCUUUGAAAUAUUUAUAAUCUUUAUAAUUUUGGAAAUCCCCACGAAAGUCUUCAAAAUUUUGGGACUAUCCAGAUUUGAAAAUCAGAAUUUUCGUAAUCUCUGGAAUUUGUGCAAUCUUUGGAAUAUUUGAGUUUUUGGAAUCUUCAGUCUUCGAAAUUUUCAGAAUCUUCAGAUUCUUUAGAAUUUUUGAAAUUUCAAGUCUUGAUUUAUCGGAAAUUUGAAAUUUCUGAAGUCUCUGGAAUCUUCGCAAUCUUCAUUUUCUGCCAAAUUUUUAAAUAUCUUUACUAAUAUUCAGAAUUCUUAUAAUUUCUGGAAUUUCAAGUGUCUUGGAAUAUCCGAAAUCUAGAAUUUCUGAAAUCUCUGGAACCUUUGGAAUCUUUAUGAUCUUCAGAAUUUUUGGAAUCUUCACUCUUCGAAAUCUUCAGAAUCUUUGGAAGCUUCAAUAUCUUCAGAAUUUUGGAAUCUUUAGAACCUCUGAAAUCCUAACAGUCUCUGAAUAUCGGAAAUUUGAAAUUUCUGAAGUUUCUGGAAUCUUUGAAGUUUCCGGAAUCUUUAGUCUUUAGGAUCUUCGAAAUCUUCAAUACCUGAAAAAGCUUUUAAAUCUUUAGUCUUACAAAUAUUCAGAAUUCCUAGAAUUUCUGGAAUUUCAAGUGUCUUGGAAUAUUCGAAAUCUUCGGAAUUUCUGAAAACUCUGGAACCUUUGGAAUCUUUAUGAUCUUCAGAAUUUUUGUAAUCUUCACUUUUCGAAAUAUUCAGAAUCUUUGGAAGCUUCAAUAUCUUCAGAAUUUUAUAAUCUUUAGUACUUCUGGAAUCCUAAGAGUCUCUGAAUAUCGUAAAUUUGAAAUUUCCGAAAUCUUUGGAGUUUUCAGAAUCUUUAGAAUUUUUGAAAUUUCAAGAGGUAUAUAGCAAAUUUGAAAUUUCUGAAGUCUCUGGAAUCUUUGCAAUCUUUAUGAUGUUCAGAAUUUCUAGAAUUUCUGGAAUUUCAAGUGCUUUGGAAUAUACGAAAUCUUUGGAAUUUCCCAAACCUCUGAAAUAUUUGAAUCUUUAUGAUCUUCAGAAUUUUUGGAAUCUUCACUCUUCGAAUAAUUCAGAAUCUUUGGAAGCUUCAAUUUCUUCAGAAUUUUGGAAUCUUUAGUACUUCUGGAAUCCUAACAAUCUCUAAAUAUCGUAAAUCUGAAAUUUCUGAAAUUUUUGUUUUUUUCAGAAUUUUUGGAUUUUUCAGCCUUCUGAAUCUUUAGAAUCUUUAAAAUUUUUGAAAUUUCAAGAGUCUGGGUAUAUCGGAAAUUUGAAAUUUCUGAAGUCUCUGGAUAUCUUUGAAGUUUCUGGAAUCUUCACUGCCCGCAAAAUUUUUAAUAUAUUUAGUCAUACAAAUAAUCAGAAUGCCUAGGAUUUCUGGAAUUUCAAGUGUCUUGGAAUAUCCGAAAUCUUUGGAAUUUCCGAAAUCUCUGAAACUUUUGGAAUCUUUAUGAUCUUCAGAAUUUCUGAAAUCUUUACUCCUCGAAUUAUACAGAAUCUUUGGAAGCUUCAAUAUUUUCAGAAUUUUGGAAUCUUUAGUACUUCUGGAAUUCUAACAGUCUCUGAAUAUCGUAAAUUUGAAAUUUCUGAAACCUUUGGAGUUUCAGAAUUUUUGGAUUCUUCAGCCUUCUAAAUCUUCAGAAUCUUUAGAAUUUUUGAAAUUUCAAGAGUCUCGGUAUAUCGGAAAUUGGAAAUUUCUGAAGUCUCUGGAUAUCUUUGAAGUUUCUGGAAUCUUCACUACCCGCAAAAUUUUUAAUAUCUUUAGUGUUACAAAUAAUCAGAAUUCCUAGAAUUUCUGGAAUUUCAAGUGUCUUGGAAUAUCCGAAAUUUUUGGAAUUUCCGAAAUCUCUGAAACCUUUGGAAUCUUUAUGAUCUUCAGAAUUUCUGAAAUCUUCACUCCUCGAAUUAUACAGAAUUUUUGGAAGCUUCAAUAUUUUCAGAAUUUUGGAAUCUUUAGUACUUCUGGAAUUCUAACAGUCUCUGAAUAUCGUAAAUUUGAAAUUUCUGAAAUCUUUGGAGUUUCAGAAUUUUUGGAUUUUUCAGCCUUCUAAAUCUUCAGAAUCUUUAGAAUUUUUGAAAUUUCAAGAGUCUCAGUAUAUCCGAAAUCUUCGGAAUUUCUGAAAUGUCUGGAACCUUUGGAAUCUUCAUGAUCUUUAGAAUUUUUGGAAUAUUCACUCUUCGAAAUAUUCAGAAUCUUCAGGAGCUUAAAUAUCUUCAGAAUUUUGGAAUCUUCAAUAUUUGAAAUAUUCCGAAUCUUUAGUUCUUCUGGAAUCCUAAGAGUCUCAGAAUAUCGUAAAUUUGAAAUUUCUGAAAUCUCAAGAACUUGGGAAAAUUCUGAAUCUUUGGAGUUUCUGGAAUCUUCAUAAUCUUCAGAAUCUCAGGAAUCUUCAAAGUCGUUUUUUGAGGAAGUUUGGAACAGAUUUUUCUUAAAUUGUGUUACUAAAAAAUCUCAAAACGCCGAUUGUGAGUUAAAAUUGUAAUUUUUUAAGAAAUAAACCUUCAUAGAAUUGAGCCAAAAAUUGUAAGUCUAAAAAUUUUGAAAAGCAAGAAUCUGAAAAAAGUGCAUUUAUAAAAAAACAUAAAUAUUUUGGAACUGGACGAAAAAUUCGAAAAGGUUUUUUUUAUAUAAUAAAGAAUGAAUGUGGUAAUCUAAUAUAAAAUAAUAAUAGUGGAAUAAGUAAGAAUGAUGAGAUAAUGUUUACUUACGCCACAUGUGGAAAACACUUGCCAUACGAGUAUGUUAAUAACGUGUUAGCCUACGUGUUGCGUUGAAACUUUUAUCUACGACUUGUCUAAAGCAGCUCGAUUAUAGUCUAAUUGUGUAAAUUCGAAAUUGUCAUAUCAAAUAUAUUUUUAGGUGAAUUUAUCACCAAUGAUUCAGAUUAGUUCGAGUUGUCAAGCAUUUCGUCAAAACUGGAAUAAAUGAAUGCCAUAAUCUAACAUUACCGCACUAGAGCGGUAUAUAACUCAUUUGUGCCUCAAAUGAUCAUGAAUGAAACUUAUUUAUGUUACAAGUACACGUAUAACCACAAAAUUUUAUCUACGACUCUUUGUGCACUAUUUUAAACCGCACCUUAUUUUCUCGGACUGGUCAAGCGUCGGGGUAACUAGCUCUAGUACUAUCUACAAUUACUACGAUUAAUACUGUACAGAACUAGAAUGAUUUGGAAGAGUGUAACUUAUAACUGAGGUUUUGAAAGAAUUUUUGGAAAUAUUUUGUAAAAACUGCAAUUGUUAGACGAGGCACUUUUUUUAAAAAACUUACCUUUACAUUAGGUAGAUAGAAAAAAAUUGUCAAUUUGUAUAGAAUUUGUUACCACUGAAGACCUAAGUAGCUAAACAGAACAUAGAUUCUACUGAUUUCUAGAACCUUUGUUUGAGCGACUAUAUCUUAAGGCAUAUAAAUAAUAACUAAAACAUUUAUCUUGACACUGUACUAGGGAUAAACUGUGUUAUAUAUAAAGUCAUAUUUUAUUCUUCUAUCAUCAAUCAUUUGAUGUUGGUAUUUUCUUGAGAAUUUCUCGGAGAAGCGUCCGCUUUGUGUCUACAUCAUCUGAACCGUGGCUCGUAGAUAGUAGUUCCGCCGGUCUAUAUAGCAACUUCCAUUUAAAAAAAAAAAAAAAAAAAUUCUCCGACAUUUUCUCUCUGUAAAAUUUCGUUGUGUACAUAAUCAUAUCUUUUUCCUUCAUUUCGUCGCGUUAUAGAACGCUAAGUAUUUGAGGACUUACCUCAAGGCUGUGUUGACAAUAAUAAAGGUGAGUUCAUCUCACCGAAUCGUUGAUAAUAAAGGAGAUAAUAAUUAGGUUAAGUCUGAAUGCGCGAGAAGGUAUACCGAGCCAGAGAAGUCUUGACAAAGUACAAAGGGAAGAGGGCGCGAUCAUUAAAUUGUGUUGCUCAUACAAUAGCGGCAACCCUCCAUACACGUCGCUGCAACCCGUUAUACGCGUGUACGUUGGGUUGCCUAUCCGCUUGUUCGAAGUACGUGCUACAUUAAAUUUGACUAUAUAUUUUAUGUUUCGUUUUCGCUGCAGCAGCACCUAUUUCUUCCAAGCGAGUCGUGUAUGAAGUGUAAAUUUAAAUCGGUGUUAGAUGUUUUCUAUGUUCCUUCCACUUCUUCACUGUCUCUCUCUAACUUGUCAAUAAUUGCGUAAAUGUAUAAAAUGUACUCUUGUUUGCGUGGUGUGGAUUCCGCGCCAUUGUUUUUCGUUUCGGAAAUGAGCAAUACCUGCUUUUAGGCUACUUUUACCGUUCGUUUUACAUUUGUACCAUUCUUGGCAAGGAUUGAGUCCGGGGACCGGAUGAUCCUUAUGGACUGGAUUCGUGCGAAGAGCAGUAGUGUAGAGGCAAUAAAUGAUGCAAAUAUUCAUGUUAAAUUUAGUGUUUUUUAAAACCUUGCAUAUCUAUGUGUUUUAAUAGGACCUAAGUGAAUAAAGCGUAAUAUAUCAAUGCAUGCACAGAUAUUAUAAUGUUGAGCAUCUCGGAUAGGUUGUUUUACGUUCUGUUGAAUUAGUGGAUCUGUGUUGAAUUUUGAAAAUGUGAUCGUUUACAGGUCUGUGUAAGAAUCUGGAAACAUGUAUAAUAAAGAAUUCUGUUACAA